AUGACAACAUCUCUAACACGUGGUGUCGAGAAAGUUCUACAGAGUCUUGUAAAGUAUGCUAAGGUACCUACUGUUCAAGAUAUUGAUGCUAAUCAAGUACAAGUUACAGGUGGAUCAUCUCUCCACGUUGUAAAUUUGAAAUAUAAAAGGUGUACAUGUUGCAGGUUUGACUUGGAGAAGUUGCCUUUUGCACACGCGAUUGCGGCUUGUGAAAAGAGGAAAAUAUCUCGAAUAUCGAUGUGUCAUCUCUAUUUUCGUAGGAGUUACUUGUGUGAUUCCUAUGCAACUGCCAUCAUGCCAAGAGAUUUUGCUACACCAGUUCCUUAA